GAUACGAUUGUGGGCUAGGCUAAUCACACCACAUAAUAUAUCCUCUGCACGAGCCAUUGGACGAAACUUACACUCUGGACAUCCAUCUUUGCACACCAAUCAAAUGACCUACACCUGACUUCUUAUACCUGUGAUUCGCACCUGUACAAUACUCCGUGCAUGUUCAUAUACUGCACCAUUGGACAAACCCUACACCUGUAUCAGUGUUUUUUCCACGUGGCGCCGACUUUAGUGACGCAACAAAGGUUUAUGUUGGUUGUACAAUGAAAAUCGCCGCAGUGUCUCUAGUCAUUGGAGCCUUGCUCCUGAUGACCAGCAGUCCGGUUGCUGGUCAAUUAGACGGUCUUUCUAUUGAUUUGAUUGAGGGUUUGAAUGACUCGCAGGUCGUCGCCCUUGUGGCUGACAUACUUCUGCGCAACCCAGCUUUGCUUCACAGGCUUGAACCAAUUCCGUUUGCCAUUGGCCCGGUGCUGAACGAGAUAUCAAAGUUAAGAAUCGAGAUAUCCAGUUCAGUGUUAAAUUGGAUCCUAGAUAGUUUACCUGCAUGGUUGAACAAUCCUGACUUCUUAACAGGCGUGCACUGUCUGGUUAACAAUAUUAAAAAAGUGAACAUAACGGAUCUAGUAGCAACACAAAACUACACGAUACUGAUGUACGGCGUGGUAGCGCGAACAGAGUACAGCCAUGUCAUUGAAGACUUCUUGAUGGCGGAAGGUGCUAAUAUUACCAAAGCCAUUGGCCUCGACCAACAUAUUGCUGAGAAACUAUUACCUUUUGUUGUCCAUAGCGCUGGGACGUUCCUGAGACAGGACGGCCCAGCAUUAAUACGUAUUCUUGUACAAGAAUUUAACAUGAUUAAUCGGACUGGAUUGGAGACAUUGAAUGGACCCAGACUAAUAUCAGCUAUUCUAACAAGAAUCAACUACAGUGAAUUGUUCGGUAAACUCUACCAACUACCAUCAGUAAAAGGGAUCGUUCAUACAGGGUUCCAGGUAAUUGGACUUGAUCCAGCCCUUGGGGACAAGUUGGUUCCUGAACUCUUUCAUGGUCUUGAAGAAAUCGUUAAUAUCACCAUUGGACAAAUAAACCAACUUAAUCUUACAGCUCUAGCCGGGUUGUACAAAGCAAACAUCACAGAUGUAGACCUUCUUCAUGAAAUAAACUAUCUCGAUAUUCUAAAAUCGACUUUCCUUCCUAAAAUUGGGUCCCUUGUCCUAAAGUAUGUGAGAGAGAGCGCUGUAGGAGUCUUGAAACUAUUCGUGGAAGAACUUAAUCUUGUACCCAAGAAAAAUGUACUUUUCUUCUUAUUGAAUCCUCAGACAUUAUCCAAUGUAUUAGAAAAGUUCGAUUGGGGUGAAUUUCUGACAAAACUUUUAGAAAACUUUGGAAAACCUGUGUUUGACCUGGUUGGUUUGAAUCCAGUAAUAGGGAAGGUUUUGGCACCAGUUAUUGCAAAGGAUCUUCCAAACCUUUUGAAAUUUACAAUACAGGACUUAAACAAGAUUGACGUGAGUCUAGUUGAGAACCCACCAAAUGGAACAAGCCCUCUAGUUGUUAUUGUGAAGGAACUAGAUGUAGCCAACAUUCUUCACGAGUUUGUGAAACUUAAGGGACUACAAUGGGAUGACAUCAUGGGGUUGAAUACUGGAAUAGCUCUCAUGCUCUUAGAUUGGACUUCGGAAAGGGUAGUGAGUUUUCUGAAGAAUGAGACAUACAAUUUGCUCAGCAUAUUCAUCGAAGAAGUAAAACAGGUAGACACCGCCGGCCUUGAUCCGUCAAACGCAGAGGAAUAUGCUGGAGGUAUCAUGAGUCGUCUGGCGUGGAGUAAAAUGUUGUCUACCAUAAUAGGAGAUCAAAAGGAUUUGGUAUUUUCGCUCUUGAAUCUGGAUUCACUCAAAACUAUUGACACAGAGUCUAUUACCCGUUUAAUGCAGCCUGUGCUUGGCGUACUACCAAACGUUCUAGCUGUGGUUUCCGACUCCUUAUCAGACGCGAAUUUCACCAAUAUACCGGCUAAUGCAAGUGUAUUGGACAUCCUCCGUCAGGUCAACAUUAAAACAUUAUGGCAGGACACCAUCAACAUGAUUCUACCGCCAAAGAGUGCCUCCAACCAAAAGCCAAAGUAUAACCUUAGCCUGAGAAGUGCCGCCUUGCAGAGCAAAGACGUACAAGAAAUAGCACCUACAUGUGGACCUGACACACGAGGGUUUCUGUUGAACGCAAUCAGCGAAUCAUGGGCCAUGGAAAUGCUUGAUGCCAGCGGCAAGCCUACACCGGGGCUCUUGAAGGGUAGUCUACACAUGAUGGGUUCUUAUGACGAAUGUUUGGCCAUAAAAGCUGAUCUUCUUACCGAAGAAAACACGACCAGAUCCUUUGGGGGUCGUUAUUGUCGAGUAGCAUUUGAUCUACCUAAAUCCCUUCUUGUGUCCUUAUUGCCAAAUCUUGCUACACAGAAACUGUACGGCAUGAAAACAACUGUUAGUAUCGGUGUUUGUCUCCCGGACAGCUGUGUUUCACAAGAUGUGAACAAUUUCUUCGAAAAUGGGAUGGCAUCCGGACUCGGAUUAUCUCCCUUGAGUGUGACUUGUAACGAAUCAGAGGAUCUCGCCAGUGAUCAAAGCGCAAUCCUAGUUCUAGCUAUUUCAGCGGCGAUAAUUUUGCUGGUUGGGGCAGCAACAAUUACUCAUCUGUGCAAGUGGGGUCGUGGACAGACGAAUGGCAUGCCGAGUGGAAUGCGCAUGUACGAGGAUUACAAUAACCAUGGUUACGACGCUUACGAAUCGGCUGACCCCGAUACAGAUUCCAAGACAACGACCACUACCACCACUACCACCACGUCCUUCAGCAAUGGGUCUGUGAAAGGGGAUUUGCUUUCUGAAUCGACGAAACUGAAAAAUCGACCGGAAACUAAAACAGACUUAGAUCACCAAGCGAAUGGCUUUGAUGACUUAAACCGAGUCGAGUUUACGAAAACAUCAGAUAUUGGAAAACGAAUCGUGUUGAGUUUCUCUGCUGUACAAAGUAUUAGCCAACUGAUGUCGUACAGACGAGCAGCAAACGCCAUUGACUGUAUACACGGAAUUCGAACCAUUAGUAUAUUAUGGAUCAUGCUUGGAAAUACGUACAUCUACAACAUUCUACCCGUCACAGACAGUCCUUUGGCAGUCGACAUGCUUGACGCUUUGGAAAUCAUGAAAAGAUUCACGUUCCAAGCUGUAAUGGGUGCCCAUUACGGAAUCGAUACAUUCCUCUUGAUCAGUGGCUGUCUCAUUACAUACAGAAUUUUGUCAAAAUUCGAGAAAUUUGAAAAGUUCAAGUGGAAAACUCUGCUCGGUGUAUUUUUCCAUCGAUAUAUCAGACUGACACCAACUUACAUUAUGGUUUUGGUGAUAUUUGUGUACUGGUAUCGUUACCUGGGCACCGGACCCAGUUGGCCUGAGAGUAUUGCCGUGGCUGACAAGUGUCGAACAGACUGGUGGCAUCACAUUCUUUACAUCAACAAUCUCGUUGGUAUCCAAGGCAACGAUGCAUUCCAUCAGUGUAUGACGUGGUCCUUCUUCCUGGCUCUUCUUAUGCAGUUUUACUUGAUAACACCGAUAUUGUUGUUACUGGCGACCUUUUCGUAUCGUCUGGCUGGCGCAGUGAUAUUCCUUCUAAUGGCAGCUGGCAUCACUGCAACAGGGAUUAAGGAACAUGAAUUUGGAGGUGACCUUUUAUCAAUGAUGGAGGACCAUGGUGACUACUGGAACAACGUUUUUGUCGCCCCCUGGUGUCGAAUUUCCUCAUACUGUAUCGGGAUGAUGCUUGCUCUGGUCAUCAUGAAGAGCAAUGAAGGAAAAAUCAAAAAGUUACCAUUGUGGAGUGCGACUAUUGGUUGGAUUACCGCCAUUAUAAUAGGCGUGUUUGUAGUUUACAUAAACUACACCAAGUAUCAACCUGAUGUUGAAGAAUGGACCAGAGAUAUGGAGGCGGCCUACGAAGCUAUUGGCCGACCACUGUGGUGCCUCUGUGUUGCUUGGGUCAUAUACGCCUGUUUCACUGGACGAGGAGGACUGAUUAACUCUUUCCUAUCUUGGCGUGGAUUCCUCCCGCUGUCUCGGCUCACGUUCGCCGUAUAUCUUGUACAUCCGAUCUGGAUGGUUUUCUUCAUGUACACGAAACGAGAUCUCGUCUAUCUCCUCAACGACUAUGGCAUGACGUACUUGUUCAUCGGGCACAGUGUGAUGUCCUUUGGAAUUGCUUUCCUGGUCGCUGUUUUGUUCGAGAAGCCAUUCUGCAAUCUGGCCAGGGCAGUUUUUAAGAACAAAUGAAUACGUACACGAAAUAUUGAAGCAAGCAGCUAUAGACACUGGCUUUCAUAAAAUGAAAAUUAAUUCAAUAUUGUUGAUUAUCACUUGACACUGACUUGACUCUCACUCUCACUCUUUUUUUUGUCAUUCAAAUGAUUUUUGGAAUCACAAGUGCGCUAUAUUGUAGUAAUACCAGCAUAAUAUACUAUAUGUGUAUUUUUUGCAUAUUUAUUUCACAUGUUUUCUUCGUGAAAAGGUUUAAAAAAUGUAGUCAUUUGCACUUUGAAAUCGAUUUGCAUCAUCCUCAUUAAUUUAUAGAUGUUAUAUUUUGAAAUGAUUUGGAUCCCUGUGUCCCAAUGUGCUGUUAAUUUUCCAAUAAACAGUAACUUCCCCUUUACUUCCCCUUGUAUGUUACAGUAGCAAAGUUUGGCCAGGAUAGAAAUGAUUUGUAUUCCGUUCAUUAAGGAUUCCUGUGUCCCACUGUACUGUUGAUUUUCCUAUUAACAGUAACUUCCCCUUGGAUGUUACAGUAGCACAGCUUGGCCAGGAUAGAAAUGAUUUCCCAUAGCCAUCGGUAUGCCGGAAAAUAAUUUCCAAUACUUAGCUACAGUGAUUGGAAGUUGUACGGGAAUACUUAGUGUUAAUGGAAACAAAUAUCAGUAUUAAUGGACUAAUUGCUGUUUUAAGCAUUUUUAUUUUCUUUCACGUUAUAACUUAUUUCAUUUUGUCAUGAACAUUUCUAAAAAAAAAAAAAAAAAGAACAUAAAAAUAUGACCUCUCUAUAUAGAGCAUGCACCAAUGCCCAGCAUACAAGUGACUGAUGCUUUGCAUAAUGAUAUAAACAAACGAUGUUGUGCGAUUUCUUUAAAAAUCAGUGAAAGUAGUGCAGUGCAUUACAACUGCUAACAUAGAGAAAAGAUUAUUGGUAAGCUAGUCCUCGUUAUGCAUCUUUAAAAGAUAUUUGUUAUAGAAGGUUUGCAUAUGAACGGAACUGUUAAUUCCGUUAUAAAUUCAGGUUUAGAGAAAAAUCGUGUCCUGACAUGGUCAUACAAUGUUAGCCUAGUAUUUAUUUUGCUUUAACUGAUGUAGGAUGUAUGUACGUGAAACUAUCAUAAAUAUGAAAUUAUCUAAUUAAUCUUAACCAUAUCAGUAACAUUCCUUGUCCCACUGCAGACAUAACAGGUUAGAAUUGCACUGUAGUUUCUCGUACAUACAGCAACCUCCUCUUAUUUUUUUUACAUACAUGAAGCUCGACUUGGCAUGGAUAUUUCCGUUGAGCAGGAAGCUUAAUUGUAUAAAUCGACGGUUUAUAGAUCCGAGGUCCUAGGUUCAAAUUAUUGUCGACCCCCGCUGCUUUUUUGAACACUCAGAUCACUGAUUAUUAUCAUUAUUAUUAGUUCAUCUUUAUUUUGUUCAUAAAUUGUCGUAUAGGUACAGUUUCUUUUUGAGAAAUGAUUUAUAAAAGCUGUAGUUGUGCAGGAAAAAAAGUUUUAAACACAUAGUUACAAUUAAGGCAGUGGAGAUCCUUAAAAAUGUCUAAGGAUUAACUGGUUUAGUUGUGUGUUUCAUUUUUUUCUGACUGUUUCGUUGUAUUGAACCAAGUGCUUUAAUAUAACCAGACAUAACAUCAUGCCAGGUAUGCAUUAAUAAACUAUUAAAAUCGU